CCCCUCCUGGAGACUCGUUAGUCUUCUUGCGGCGGACAGACCACAGCCAGCACCGUCAUGUCUCACACCUGGUCGGCGAAAGACCACAAGAACACCGGCCAGCCCGCCGCCACCGGGCCGCAGAAGCGAGCGCGUAACGACGCGGGGAACAAGGUGACGGUGGUGCUCGGCGCGCAGUGGGGAGACGAGGGCAAAGGGAAGGUCGUCGACUUGUUGGCGACCGAGGCGGACGUUGUCUGCAGAUGUCAGGGAGGCAACAAUGCAGGACACACAGUGGUGGUGGAUGGCAAGGAGUACGACUUCCACCUCCUCCCAAGUGGAAUCAUCAACCCCAAAAGCACAUCACUCAUUGGUAAUGGAGUGGUCAUACAUCUACCCGGCCUGUUUGAGGAAGGUGAUAAAAAUGACAAGAAAGGUCUGAAAGGCUGGGAUAAGAGACUUAUUGUCUCAGACAGAGCUCACCUCGUGUUUGAUUUCCACCAGGUGGUCGAUGGCUUACAGGAAAAUGAACGACAAGCACAAGAAGGAAAGAACAUUGGAACAACCAAGAAGGGCAUUGGACCUGCAUAUUCCAGCAAAGCUUCUCGCACUGGCCUACGUGUGUGUGACCUCCUGGGAGACUAUAAGGACUUCUCCACCAGAUUCAAGAACCUUGUCCGACAGUAUCAGUCCAUGUAUCCUUCCUUGGAAGUUGACAUUGAGGACCAACUGAAAAAACUCAAAGAGUACGCUGAGAGAUUGCGGCCGAUGGUGAGAGACGGGGUCUAUUAUAUGUACGAAGCUCUUCAUGGACAUCCAAAAAAAAUUCUGGUUGAAGGGGCCAAUGCCGCUCUGCUUGACAUCGACUUUGGUACUUAUCCUUUUGUGACAUCAUCAAACUGCACCGUGGGCGGGGCGUGCACUGGUCUUGGGAUCCCUCCUCUGAAUAUUGGCGAUGUGUACGGCGUAGCAAAGGCCUACACCACCAGAGUGGGAAUCGGAGCGUUCCCCACAGAACAACUCAACGCGAUAGGAGAGCUGCUGCAGACCAGGGGUCACGAGGUGGGCGUAACCACAGGAAGGAAGCGCCGUUGCGGCUGGUUGGAUCUAAUCAUCGUCAGAUACGCUCAUAUGAUUAAUGGCUUCACAGCCAUUGCCUUGACAAAACUUGACAUUCUGGACGUGCUGGAUGAAAUCAAAGUUGGAGUUGCCUACAAACUAAAUGGAAAAAGAAUUCCCCAUUUUCCAGCCAACAUGGACGUUUUGCACAAAGUGGAAGUCGAGUAUGAGACCUUCCCUGGUUGGAAGACGGACACGUCUGCAGCCAGGAAGUGGAACGACCUCCCCCCCAAGGCACAAAACUACAUCCGCUUCAUCGAGAACCACAUCGGAGUUCCCAUUAAGUGGGUUGGUGUUGGAAAGUCCAGAGAGUGCAUGAUCCAGAUGUUCUAGAGGGAAACCUUCACCUCCACUUGAUGGAAGAACAGAUCGUGUGACAUCUUUUCAUCACCUUAAAAUUAUUUUCUCUUUAUUCGUUAAUAAACAAAUCAUCUAUUUA